AUGGUAAUACUUCAGAAGGACGUCGGAAUGCUAAUGUCAUUGACUCAGUCACAACUCUCGGCCCAGUUUCCACACAAAACCAAAACUGAGCUGUCAAAACCGCCAGAAAGGAAUCGUCCGAUAAAAUGCUCCGAGCUCUGCGCGGUUUGCGGAGAUCAAUCAACUGGUUAUCAUUACGAAGUUCCUAGUUGCAAUGGAUGCAAAACAUUCUUUCGAAGAACUAUUGUGUCUGAGCGACAAUUCAAAUGUCACAAAAAUGGAAAAUGUUUUUUCAAUAAAGAUAUCCGAUGUGCUUGCCGAUCUUGUCGUUUCAAGAAAUGCUUGGAAGUCGGUAUGAACCCGAAAGCGAUUCAAACAAAUCGAAUAAACGUUACCGCAACAAAAGAACAAUCUCCAGAAUCGCCGUCAACAACACCUGACCAGGAUGCCAAAAAGCGAGGAUACGAUAUCGUUUCACUUCUCGACAUGCCGCCCACGUGCUCGAGAUCGAUGUCACCAAUAGACAUCCAACCAAAAAUCAAAGCUGAAAUGGCAAUCAUUGAAACAUGUUCCGAAAUCGAAGAUCGUCUAUGCUUUUUGAGAAAAACUAAUUUCAUCCCAUCAUCCUCGCUGCUCGAUGUGCUCACAAAACCGUGUGCUAUUGAGAAUGUCACCGCCUAUGAGCCAAAACCUCUUCAUUUCAUUGCAAACGAAAUCGACUAUGAAAAAGAGACAAAUUUUGCAAUUGAGUACGCAAAAUAUUACAAAUGGUUCCGCGAGCUCGAUUUUACUGACAAAUUCGCACUUCUUUGUGAUAGAACCCUCUUUCUCGUAACUCUUCGGUUGGCCUAUCAGAAAUCGCUAAACGAAAAUGAUUUUCCCAGUUUCAGAAAAUGCCUUUAUCCAGCCGUCGAAAAGAUCAAAGAGGGGCAGGUGGAUCGCGUUUCCUACGCUCUUCUCCAAUCAAUUUUCCUAUUAGAUUGUGACAGCUACUCACUUUCUCCCGACGGCCGUGAUAAGUUAUUCACCGAGAAACAGAAGCACUGUGACGCCCUUUGCUUCUAUUUAUUCUCCAAGCACGGCUCCGCUGCUCCAAUUCACCUAGCAAAUCACAUAUCUAUUCUUUGGGUUGUCCUUCAGUGCACUGCACCAUUAAGAGAAUGGCUUCAAACAGCUCUACCGCAGGCAUCUUUAACACGUCAGCUAUUCCUCGGAAGUGUGUGCAAUAGCAAAUCGGUCGUCUAA